AUGAAACCCUCUGACCUCGUCGCAGCGGCCCUAUUCGGGCUCGCCUCAAGCUACCCAGCUCUCCAAAUCAGCAAGUCCAACGUCACUGUCUCCUGGGCCGAUGCCGCGUCGGCCGACGGCUGCCGCUCCUGUGAGCCCUUUGACAACUGCCACUCGUCCUUGUCGGGCAACUGCCCCAAAGGCCAUCUCGUGGCUAAGGACAAUAACUGCCGUGCCACGUUUGCCUACGAGGACAACGUCAAAUUUGUUGAGUGUUAA